AUGGGAAUCACAGUCAUAGGUUCUUUAAACUACGACCUGGACACAUUUACGGAUAGAGUACCUAAUGCUGGAGAGACUUUCAAAGCAAAUCAUUUCGAAACACACGCAGGCGGUAAGGGACUGAAUCAGGCUGUCGCCAUUGGGAAAUUGAAAGAGCCUAGCAGUAGAUAUAGUGUUCGAAUGAUCGGAAAUGUUGGGAACGACACUUUUGGUGAGCAAUUGAAAGGUGUUUUAUCUAAUAAUAGUGUGGAUAUUGCGCAUGUCAAUACUUGCGAUGGAAUCGGUACAGGUACUGCUACAAUAUUGAUUGAAGAAAAGGCUGGUGGUCAAAAUAGGAUAUUGAUUGUAGAGGGUGCCAAUAGUAAGACAGUUUAUAAUGAAGAGGAGUUGCGUCUUUUUUUCCCCGGUGUUGAGCAGGAAGAAGAGUAUGUUGUAUUCCAACACGAAAUCCCAGACCCAAUUUCAAUAAUCAAAUGGAUACAUGAGAACAGGCCAAACUUUCAGGUCGUGUAUAAUCCUUCACCUUUUAAGGCCAUGCCGCGGAAUAAUUGGGGGAUGAUAGAUGUUUUAGUGGUCAAUGAAAUCGAAGCUCUGCAGACCGUUGAAAGUGUUUUCGAUUAUAACCUUGUUGAAGAGUUGAAGAAAGAGAUAAGGACUGAUUUCGUUGGAGGAUAUCGUAAAAUUUGUGAAAUAUUACAUAAAUCACUUAUUAACCAGAAGAAAAGCAGUAUUGUAGUUAUAACUUUAGGUUCGAAAGGGGUGCUAUUUUGUUCACAUAAAAGCCCUCAAGUUCAAUUCGUUCCGGCUAUAAAAGAUAUAUCUGUUGUAGAUACUACCGGAGCUGGUGAUACUUUCUUAGGUGGUUUAAUUACUCAAUUAUACCAAGGGAAAAGUUUGCAUACGGCUAUAGAGUUUUCUACACUAGCAAGUUCAUUGACCAUUCAGAAAAAAGGUGCUGCUGAAAGUAUGCCAGCGUAUGAAGACGUCCAAAUUUUAAUGAAAUAG